AAUAUUUUGGUACAGGGUCUGGCUAAGUCUCCCAAACUGGGCUCAAGCUUUCGAUCCUUCUAGUUCAGGUUUUUAGCGUUAGAUCACAUUCUUUCAUUCAUCCUCACACUUUCUCCAUCAAUCACAUUCCCAGCUAUUCAUAGCUGCUGAAAACUUUUUUGAACAUAAUAAUGAAUAAAUGAAGAAAUAAAGGAUUAAAAACCAGUGCCUGUAAUGGACCAAGCUCUGUGCCAAGUGACUGAAUAUUACGAAGAAGCUAAGAUGUCCCAAUAUAGAGAAAAAAUUACUCUGCUUGAAAUAGCUAUGCUUGUGUUACCAAAUGAGGUUGAAGGUUUGGCUAAUCUAGAAUUGAAUUUCACACACAGCUUUACCUAAUAAUACAGCAGGGAGGUCUUGGGAUGACUGAGGGUCUUGCUGCCCAGUCUCUGUCCAUCGCACUUAGACUGAAGACUACUUGAGCUCAGCAGUCAGGGCAUCUAUCUCCACAGGGAGCCAAAGCCUCUCAGCUCUGAUGAUGGGCUUACGUGAGCAGAAACACAAAAACAGAACAACCUAUGAUUGGACCCUUUGCUUAGCCCCAGAAAAUCUGGUUGGAAGGUAAUAAAGCAGUCCUAUAGGCAGAGAUGAAUACCUUCACUGAGGAUUACAGCCUAUAGGAUGGGCCUUCAAGGCUUUCUCUGGAUUUAUUCUAUGACCUGUGGCUUCCACGUGCUCUAAGCACCUCUUUCUGAAGUAAAGGAAUCCAAGUUGUUCUACCUCUUCCACAGUCCCUCCUUGGAGGCUAAGUGCCAAUGAGAGAUGGUCACAUGCCUUUCCCUGUGGGAGCUGUUUCCCUUGUUUACAUAGUGCAGAAGUGAAGCAGAGAUGGGUGGAGCUUGGCUCACAGCAGAAGCAAAUCAGAAUGCCUGUUUACUUUUCAUUUUUUUCUUUCAGCAUCUUUCUGUCAGUUCCAGCCACCUCCCUUCCUCUAGAUUCUAAACAUGCUGAAUUCAGCAAGUCCAACUCUGUAAGUUCUGUCUCUUGGGUCCAUUGGUUACUGGCCAUCUGAUAAUGCUUCUGCUGCACCCAAGGACUGGCCUCUCUUCCUCCUCUUAGCCCACUUGUAGCCAAAGCUGAACACUACUGCUCCGAGCCUACUUUCAGCUUUGAGUUUCAGCUUUUGACUUUCAGCUGUCCAGAUCAUGGCUCUGCUAUUCACCUUGAUCCUUGCCAUUUGUGCUGGACCUGGCCUCUCAGAGACUCCACCCAGAGUACGACUGGUGGGAGGUCCCCACCGCUGUGAAGGGCGAGUGGAGGUGGAGCGGAGCGGCCAGUGGGGCACCGUGUGUGAUGAUGGCUGGGGCCUGGAGGAUGUGGCUGUGGUGUGCCGAGAGCUGGGCUGCGGGGCCGCCAAGAAAUCCCCUAGUGGCACUGUAUAUGGGCCUUUGGCAGAAAAACAUCAAAGUAUCUUCACCCAAAAUGUCAAUUGCAAUGGGAUGGAAGACACCCUGGCUCAGUGCGAACAAGAUGAAGAGGUGUAUGGUUGUGAUCACAAUGAGGAUGCCGGGGCAUCAUGUGACAAUCCAGAAAGUUCUUCUUCUCCAGAGCCAGAAAGCUCUUUCUCCACAGGCCCAGAGAUCCCUUUCUCCCUAGUCCCAGAGAACGUGCGGCUGGCUGGUGGCCCUGGACGCUGUGCUGGGCGGGUGGAGGUGCAGCAUGAGGGCCGGUGGAGCACUGUGUGCAAAACAGGCUGGAGCCUCCAGGCUGCGAAGGUGUUGUGUCGGCAGCUGGGAUGUGGGAGGGCCUUGCUGGUCCUAAGACAAUGCAACAACACUAUCCAGGGUCAAGGAUCCAUCUGGAUGAGCAUGAUGAAAUGCUCAGGACAAGAAGCAACCAUUCAGGAUUGCAAUUCUGGGCCUUUGAAGAAGAACAGCUGUACACAUUUGGAUGACACAUGGGUAAAAUGUGAAGAUGCCUUUGAGCUGAGGCUGGUAGGAGGAGGGAGCAUUUGCUCUGGGCGGCUGGAGGUGCUGCAUAAGAACAAAUGGGGCACCGUCUGUGAUGACAGUUGGGGAGAACAGGAAGACCAAGUGGUAUGCAAGCAACUGGGCUGUGGGAAGCCUCUUAUUUCACACUCCGGGAAAAGAUAUGGUCCUGGGUUUGGUCGCAUCUGGCUGGAUGAUGUUCGUUGCUCAGGGAAGGAGCAGUCUCUCGACCAGUGCAAGCACAGGUUUUGGGGUUAUCACGACUGUGACCAUACAGAAGAUGUAAGUGUAACCUGCUCAGAAUAGUAUCCUGGCCAUCUUGAUGUUUAACCUGGCCUACGUUGGCCCUGCACGUCCCUUGGUUGUUCAUCUGAGCUCUAAUUGUCCUAGUGGUCAUAAUGGGCUCCAGACUUCUGCCACCGCUCCCUUUGCCUCUCAGGAAUUUGAACCCUGUGCUUCGAUCCUGAUCUAGCAACAAGACCACCUCAUUGUUGCUGGGAGAUAUGAGCUGUUGAAUUCUCUUGCUAAAGAAAAUGAGCUUUCCAUUUCCUUUUGCUCAUCCCCGGCACCUUGGCAUUGCUUGUGGCCUCUAACUGCCUCUUUCCAUCCUGCCGGCUAUCCUGAGGCCUGCCACUUUGACCAGAUAUAUAAACCAUUGUUAAGGUAAUAUCUGUAUCUGUAAACCACGUCAAAGAAAGGAAACCCAAAAAGGAAAUACAGGUAGCCAAUCUUUUCGAACCUGAGAAAACAGAGUCUUUUUGAGCUGCUAUCAAGCUUUAGCUGAUCACAACAAGUAAUAACACCUCAUUGUAUUGCUAUUUCUUGGGGGAAGGUAGCUUACUCUUUCAGUGUCAGAGCAAAGUCCUUUAGCUCUAGACCUUUGGGUGACAUUUAGUAAAAGAUGUUUUUCCUCUGAAUGUUCUAGUUAAAUAUCUUUGUUGUCCCUUUCUAUGUCACCUGACAAAAUGGUUGGCAUUUAACAAAAGAAAUCUCACACAUUCCUUUUACUUUAUCUAAAGAAAAAUGUAUUUGUUAAUGAGAAAAGGUCAGAAGAGAGGUAGGAAGAAGAUGGGGAGAGCUACCGUUGUCUCCUGGUACUUGGAAAAUGUCAUUUUCAUUUUAUCAAUAGAGACUUUGGAGCCUAUAAAUUUGAGGCAAGAUAGAAUGAUACUUAGGAGAGAAUCAAAAUUUAAUUGUUAAUCUCAAAUACUUUAGAUACUGAGGUUAAGCUGAUACUAAUACUAGGGAUAGAUUUAUGCUAUCUAAUAAAUUGAAUCUCACAAUCUCAA